GCAAAGUGCUCAUUAUCCUCCUUUAGCUUUCCGUUAUUAUAAGGAGGAAUUUGGGCGCACCAAUCAUCCUGAGAUUGGAUAUUGGAGCACUGCCCCUCUGCUAUAUAAACCUGGAUAUCCACUGUUCUGAUGCAGUGUUCAGAAACUGGAAGGGUUGGGGGGGAAGAAGGGAAGAAGAUGAGCUCCAAGAAAGUAGACAGGGCUUCAGUACUUGUUCUUCUGCUCAUUGUUGUGUCAGCGCUUUCAGUUUGCACUGCAGGAGGAAGGGGCCUGGCGCAUGAAAAGAUUCACAAGCAUUCCGCUGCUGCAUCUGGAAAGGGAGCAACAGCUUCGGGCGAUAUGGUUAAGACAAACGAUUAUGGGCGCUAUGACCCGGCUCCGGCGUUUUCCAAGCCUCGCUCUAAGCUUAUACCGAACUGAUCGACAGUACUGCUGCUCAGCUUGUGUGUACAACCAUCGUUAAACUAAUUGACAACAUAUAUUAUAUAGUUAGAUGACAUAUGAGUAAUGCUAUAUGCUUGUGUAGAGUAUAUGGAUGGAUCAUAGAAAUAGUCGUGUACUAGUAUGUAGGUAACUUGUGUAAUAGAUGGCCGUGGAGCCUCCACUGAAUCUACUCUACUUCUACUAAUGUAAUGCUUAGUGUUAUGUUUGGUGA